AUGUCGCAAGACCUCAUGACCAAGACUGGCCACGGCCUGGCCAAAGUCCUGGGUAUCAAAUUGCCUUAUCGGGAUCCCCUUGGAGCUCACUCCGACCCCGUCACUCGUGGCGAAUCGACCUUCUCAUACGGCACCGUUGAUACAUACUCUUAUUUGGAGCCGGAACCGACCACUGCCGAAUGGCUCAAAGAAAUCUGUCCAACCUGGCAUGAUGUCCUUAUGUACUUUUACAGACUGUUCCCCUUCCUCUCAUGGAUCACGAAGUAUAACCUGCAAUGGUUCUUCGGUGAUCUUGUUGCUGGUGUGACUGUCGGUGCUGUCGUUGUCCCUCAGGGAAUGGCCUAUGCCAAACUCGCCGAACUACCAGUGCAGUAUGGUCUCUACUCAUCGUUCAUGGGUGUACUGGUUUAUUGGUUCUUUGCCACUUCCAAGGAUAUCACUAUCGGGCCCGUCGCUGUAAUGUCCACGCUGGUCGGAACGAUUGUGCUUCAGGCUCAGAAAGAGAUCCCGGAUGUCCCAGGGCAUAUCGUUGCAUCUUGCCUGGCUAUCAUCUGUGGUGCCAUCGUCUGUGCCCUCGGUCUCCUUCGGCUCGGCUUCAUCGUUGACUUCAUUCCCCUUCCUGCAAUUUCGGCAUUCAUGACGGGAUCCGCUCUAAACAUCGCUGCCGGUCAAGUCAAGAAGCUGCUGGGAGAAUCGGCAGAUUUCUCCACCAGAGGCUCGACCUAUAUGAUCAUAAUCAACUCGCUGAAGUACCUUCCUACUGCGGGUAUUGAUGCUGCCCUUGGUGUCACAGCCUUGGCCAUGCUGUACAUUAUCCGUUCGGGUUGCAAUUAUGGUGCUCGAAAGUACCCUCGCCACGCUAAAGUGUGGUUCUUCGCGUCGACGCUGCGAACUGUCUUUGUCAUCCUGUUCUACACCAUGAUCAGUGCAGCUGUCAACCUUCACCGCAAGGAUAACCCGAUGUUUGAUCUUCUGGGCAGUGUCCCAAGAGGUUUCCAAAAUGCGGCUGUUCCUGUUGUCAACGCCAGGAUCAUCAAGGUUUUCGCCAGUCAGCUCCCUGCUUGCGUCAUCGUCCUCCUUAUCGAGCACAUCGCCAUUUCCAAGUCAUUCGGCCGUGUCAACAACUAUACCAUCGAGCCGUCCCAAGAAUUGGUCGGUAUUGGUGUGACCAACCUUCUUGGUCCUUUCCUGGGCGCGUACCCUGCUACCGGAUCCUUUUCCCGGACCGCCAUCAAGUCGAAGGCGGGUGUUCGUACUCCCUUGGCCGGCUGUAUCACCGCCAUUGUUGUGUUGCUCGCCAUCUACGCCCUGACCGCCGUCUUCUUCUAUAUCCCCCAAGCUGCCCUUUCUGGUGUUAUCAUUCACGCUGUCGGCGAUUUGAUCACGCCCCCCAACACUGUGUAUCAAUUACUGGCGCGUACUCGUCCC